GCACCCAUAAACCCCAAUUCUUGGAAAUAGCAGAAAACCUGAGGCCGUCAAAUCCGCCAUUGCUGUCCAUUUCUCUCUCAUAACCAUUUGCAGAGAAGAAGAAGAAGAGGAUUUACUAUGAACAACGACCUUCUCGAUGAUUUGGAUGACGAUUUCCUGGAGGCUCUCGAACAGUUUGAAGAACGACAUGCCUUGACUUGUUCCACGAACCCUAACUACCAUCCUCCACCACCACCACCACCACCGUCGACGUCGUCUCAUUCUCCGCCCUUGCCGUUGCAUAUUCUCGUACCGCAAGCGGACGGCUUAUGUUUCUCGCCUCCACAUGAGUUGUCUCAGAGAACCGUGGACUACGAUACCAAUACAUUAAAUUCGUGUAUACCUGGCUUACCUCGCCUCCCUCCUCCUCAGUUGUUGCGCUCUCCGAAAGCCGGUGAAAAAGAAAUUGAUCGAUUGAAGAGAGAGCUUAAUCGUGCUCACAAGCAAGUUUCUGAUCUGGAGCUUGAGCUUAAAAAGGAAAGAACCAAAAAGGAGGAACAACUUCAAUCUAUAGUUUUGCACACAAGGGAAAAUGAUGCUGAGGUUCAUUUGAGAAAGCGUAAGAACUUGGAGCAUGAAUUUCAUACAAAAGAUUACCCCAGUAGUAGUCAUCAAAGAUUUCCAAAUGGAAACUCUUUAAGUGAUCAAAUUCCAGUCCCAUCAACUUUUAAAGCAAUUGGAAUUCAAACUGAGGAAGCAGCGGAGCGAUCCCCUUUAACUUCAGACAAUGUGAAGCCAAAAGUUGAUUCAUCAAGUCUUCAACAAUGUUCAAGCAGAUUGCUUUCUCUUUGGAACCCAACUAAAAAACGAGGACUUCAAAAAGACAUACUUUCCAAGUUAUUUCUGGCUUGUGAAUCAGACUUCCACAUUCUUUUUGGAUGUUUGAGCACGAAUUCUUCUCUUGAGAAGGCGACAUUAUCUGCUCCACAUGAAAGCUCUUUGCAAGUGCACUUUCAGGCCCAUGUGCAUAUUGCCGACACAACAAAAAUAUCCCACCUCUAUUCUUUAUUGACAAAGAUUGGUUCUGGUCUUGUGGAAUUGGAUACUCUAAUUGAUGCAUUAGUUGAUCUGUGCAGGACUGAAAAUGCUAUUAUUGUUUAUAGGGCUCUCCACAUUUUGCACAUAGUUUUGAAUCACUUAUCCAGCUUGGGAGAAGAACCAGAUAAGAGGGAUAAUAUUGUAGUUGAUGAAGAACCUUCAUCUGGAAGCAAAACUGAAGAUCCGUAUGGACGUCUAAGUAAAGAAACUAGAACCAUCUUUGAUGUAGACACAAAUGCGACAUUCUCUGGGAAUAAAGCGUCUAGUUCAAGAAUACAACGAAACAAUCGGUUGCUUGGAAAUGAGUUUUUGAUCUCCAAGUGCUCGUUGGAUUGGGUUUUUGUUUUCAAGUCUAUGCAUGAAAUAAUAAUGAGGCAUACUCAAGAAUGUGUAAAACUGGAAGCAGUUUCCAUUACGAAUCUGAUAGUUUUGAGAACUAAUGCAUACUUGGGCAGGGUGAAGUAUGGAAGCAAACCCGUGUUUCAAAGUAUUUCGCUAUUGUUACAGAAGGAUGCUGGUUCAAGUGUCCAAAAACAAGCUGUACAUCUUCUGUACUUACUGAUAAACUGUCCAGAACUUCUGGCGAUGUUCAUUGCCUUCUAUAAAGAAGAGGAAAGUGCUGGAGUUGUAAACGACGACUCAAAGAUCGAGUCUUCUUCUGGAGGGUGUAGGGUCAUUCUCGACGGAUUGGCUGAUUGCUUAACAUGUGUAGGAAGUGGUAUAAAGGAACUGAAACUUCGCAGGAUUACCAUUACGCUUCUAGCUUACUUGGCGUCCUCUGGAAAAUCUAGUUGUGAAAUUGUGUUGUCUCACAAGAUUUUUAGGAGGUCGAAUUUUCUUCAAUUAAUUUUGCAAAUGUUGACUUCGGAAAUGGAUGCAGAAGUAGUAGAUUCUGCUCAACCCCAAGAACUCUUCAGAGAAAGAACCUUGCUCAUUAGAGAGGCAUUGAUAUUCUUAAAUAGGCUUGUUUCAAAUCUUCAAUAUUCCACUCCUGUUUUACGGCUACUGACAAGUACAAGGGACAUGACGAGCCUGACUGUUGAUAUUGCAAACAGGCUAUCGCGCAAAACCAAAUGGUCAUGGCAGUCAGAUGGCUUGACUAAGCAGAUAAGGGAAUCAGAAGUUGUUGAUUUGGCUCGAGUAUUCAAAAAGAGGGUUUUUGCAUUUUUAGGCGACAACUAUUAUUAAUCUGGUCAUUGAUCAAUCACCCAUUAGGAGGAUGGGUCUAGAUUUUGGAAAAUAACAUAUUUUUGCGGUUUACCGAGACUAGCAAUAACCAUCAGAAGAUGGAUUUUGAAAGAGUAUUGGAAAUAUGGGGCUUGGAUUUUGAAAGAGUAUUGGAAAUAUGGGGCUGGCACCAUUUUGGAUUUCUGCGCGCCUACCAUUAUUCAUGACACGACAACUAACAAAACGGUCAAAACCAUGAAAGCCGAAGGGUCGGUUCUUAGGAGAAUGUCUCCAUUGCAAUGGAUGGAUUAUUAUCAGAUUUUUGAUAUGUACAAGGCUUUGCUCAGAAGUAAGGACAUGUUUAGUUUUGGGAGGUAAUUCUAACAAUCUAGUGAAAAGUCUACUUCUUUUGGAGUU